AUGGAUAAAUCUACAGUCGACCCGAACCUGAAUUCAAUCGACCAGAAUGCAGAUGUAUUGCCGGAAUCUAUUGAUUUCUUUCCAGAUGUGUGUAUAGAUACUCACAGUGAAGAAUUGAGUGCAAAUGGCUCCUGCAUAAACCAAUCGGAGGUUGAUAGGGUCUCAUUCGCCGACUCAGAAUAUCCUGAAUCAUGGGAAGCACCUGUUUGUACUUCGGGGACCACUGAAAUACCUUCGGUUGUAUCUACAAAGUGUUCAGAUUUGGUUAAGGAACUCAAGGAGUCAUCUCGAAGUACUCCUAACAUCGUGUGUAGUGAUAGUGAAGUUUUUGGUACCAUGAAAACCCAGGAAAUUGUUUCUUCACAGCAUUGUUCGCUGAAGGAGACAUGCGAAGAUAUUUUCUCAGGCAGUGAAAAACACUGUGUGACAACUGAAUACUCGCAGAAUUCCACCUCCGUCUUAGAUUCGUGUAAUAAAUGCCCUUCAGUUUCUCACGAAAUGUCAGUUAGACCUUCAUCCACCAAUCAGACAAUUCAUUACACGUCGUCAGAAACAAGGACUAAUAACUCAUCUGGGCUGUCCCAAUCUUCAGUUCCUAAUUACGGCCCAUUAAAUUGCGGAUCUGAUUUUUCCAGUGUUGAGGUUGAUUCAUUAGCUUCAUCGUCAGAACGCUCGACGGUAUUCGCGUCUCCUGCAAGUUUACAGGCUUUAGAUCCACUAAAGCCGCGUAGAAUGUCGGAAGUUGAUUUUCAAAGAAUAGAAGAACUCAGAACUAUAUCUCCCAGUUCUAGUCCUAUUUGUCGUCGGUCGGGUCCUAUGAAAGUAUCAAGUCCCUUGUCUUCCUCCAUGGCUCAUCAUUGCAGCCUCUGUGGAAAGCAGUACCGUCAUGUUGCUUCUUUAAGGAAUCACAUGCGAAAGCAUACAUCAGGCAUCUUAACCUCAAAGCGAUACAAAUGUAACCAUUGUGUUUAUUCAAGUCAGUACCAUCGAAACGUCAUUAAGCAUAUGGAUGCAACUCACCGUAGUCAUGAGACGUUCUCGUCAAUGGACACACCCCAUUUCUCUGACCUAAGUGCUAAUUCAUGCGGCACACAUGAGGAUAUGCUGCCAGAUCUUAACAACUCUCGUGUUUGGAUCCCCUACACUAAAGUAGAACAAAAUUUGUAUAGUACAAUGUCAAAUGCAACCACUUCAAAAGACUCUACAGGUUUUCUAAAGGUAGAACAAUACAUAGAUCCUCAAUUUACAUCACAUCAAACACAACCAUCUUAUGAUCCUAGGAUAUUAAAUAGACACUUUGAGGAUGAUUACGCAAUCAAAAAUCCAGGAUGUGUCCCUAUCCAUCAUAAUAUCUCCAAAUCCUUACGGUGUGAAAUAUCUGGUUGUGAACAAACUUUUCAAUCGGUUAAGUACCUGUCUAAUCAUAUGAAAGAUUCACAUCGAGACUUGAAAAGAUUCAAAUGUCCACUAGAAGGAUGUACAUUUGGCGGCUUACGUCGUAUGCAUCUAAAGCGUCAUAUUAAUGAAUUUCAUAGCGAUAUGAAACUUUCACUUUAUCGAGUGUUGGAACGUAACAAGCUUGAUUGUGAACCAUAUAGUAAUAAUAAUAGUAACAGUAAUAAUAAUAAUAAUUCCGUUCAACAACAACAUACGACAGUGGUCGGGUGUAGUAGUAGUAGAACACCAGAAAGCCAAAUAUCAGAACGACAACAGCAAUAUUGUAAUCCUCAGUUGAUGAAUAGUUUUACUCCAAUGGAUACUACCAACUACUCAUCGAAUGAAUCAUCCUUUUAUCAUCAAAAUUCUGAUUGUUCUCGGAAUGAUGUUUAUUCAUUUCCCAUGUCAAGUUUACCGACACAAUCGUCACGGGAAUUUCCGUCUUCUUCUUCUUCUGCUUCUGCUUCUUCUUCGUUGUCUUCAGAACACAAUAAUGAUAGUAGAUCAUCAUCAUCAAUAUUACAUCAAACUCUAUUUCGAAGUACAAUGAAUCAUGAGAACACAUCAACUUUGCAUAGUCAACAAAAUAGUUACCUUGUAAAUAAUAAAGUCAACACAGUAGUAGAUGGCCUUGAUAUGGAGUCUACCUAUCCCCCUUCUUCUCCUCCUCCUCAUCCUUGUCCUCCUCAUUCUCCUUCUUCUAUGUCGACUCAAUUAAUUCAUCAUUAUCGUCAAGAUGAUUCAGACAAGUUGUCAUCACAUGAAGAAUCAACAACAACAACAGAGCAAGUGAACAACUGUUCACUACUGACAAAUCCACAAUAUUCUAGUGUAUCAUCGUCUGGUGGUGGUAUUAUAUCUUCUUCUUCUCAUCAAAAUGAAUCACUUCCAACUGUUAGUAGUAGUAGUAAUAUCACUGAAGCUGAUGUCGUUGAACAACUUCUGAACAAAACAGACACUUCAUCAGAUAAUAUACUCGAUCAUAUUUUAUGCGAACAAAUUGAAGAAGUGUCGAAAGGUAAUGAUGAAGAAGAGUAUAGUGAACAUCAACAUUUGAUCACUUUUGAAGAUAAAAUUAAGACAAGUCUACUAUUAUCAUCAUCAUCAGUUUUCAGUCCUAAGUUGCCUAUUAAUAAUAAUUCUACAGUCGAUAUGAAUGUAACCGGUGGUGGUGGUGUUGGUGGUGGUAGUGAUAAUGUUCUCUCAGAGACUGAUGCAUUUUUCUCUGAUUUACAAGAAAUAUUAGCUCGUGAUAUGCCUAUGCUAAUGAUGACAUCUUCCACACCAAGAUGUAGUGGUGAUUCUUCCUCGUCUUAUUCCUCUUCUGAUCUAGUCGUAGAUGCAGUGAAAGAAAUGAUGAUUGAAUCGAAGUCACCAACAGCUGUUGGUAUGUCUGAAGGCGGAGGUAAUGGCGGUAGUGGUGGUGGUGCUGUUGGUGGUUGUAAACUGAUGACAAGUAACUCCUCCUUACCAAGUACUGAUUCAGGACAUGAAUGUUGGAGUAGUAGUAGCAGUUGUAGUGCUGGUCCGAAUAGCACUUCUGUAUGGGGUGGGGGUGGUAACGAACAAGUUGGAGAUGAAAACCAACAGCACAAUUUAAUUGAUGAUUAUGAUUCACAUGAUGAUCAACUUGCUGCUAAUAAUAAAUACACAAAGUCAGUUUAUGGUAUCACUGAAGGUGUUGUCGACGAUGGUGUGUCAGUUAGUCCAUGUGCAUCGUUUACUGCAUCACAACAGAUGAAUAAAAUUAUUUGUUCGAACAAUACUACUCCUGGAGGUCAACCGCAAUCAUUUCAUAAUUAUUCAAAUUAUGGCUCCAAUUUUGCACAGAACCCGCUAUCUCCUGUUUAUUGUCCUGAAAGUACACAUUCACAAUUCCCCCCACAUGAAUAUCCCACUUCUAAUAAUCGUCUUCUACCUGGAUAUAAAUCUUCAGAUAAUCAUCCAGUCGUAGCGGCAGCAGCAACAGCAGCAGUUAAUCAUCAACAGAAUUUCCCGCCCUACUUUCCAAAUCAUAAUUCACAUCUGUCAAAUGAAAUAACACCACCAAAUCAAGAGACGACAGUAUUCAACUGUCGACAAAUCAAUCAAUAUCCGUUCACUUCAUUGUCGUCGUCAUCUUAUCCAUCAGAAUCAUCAACUUAUCAUCAUCCUCAUCAUUCCACCAAUUAUGUUCAAUCAAAAUAUCCAAAUUAUAAGGUAGGCAGUGAGAUGGAUAAACGACAGCCAUCAUUGUUUAGAGGCUGUUAUCCUCCGCCACCUACACCUCAAGCACAAGCAGCACAAGAACAAGUGUAUUGGCAAUCAAAUACAAAGUAUCGUUCGACAGGUCCUUGUGAACAACAGCAACAGCAACAACAAAUCCCUAUGAAUUCAUCAAUCCCAUAUCGUAAUAUGCUGGUGAAUGGACGUGAAUCAUUUCCAUAUGAAAAUUCAAUGCCUUAUUCUCAAUACAAUAAUUUUCCUGCAUCAACACAAGUUAUGCACUCGACAAUGUUUAAUAAUAAUACUAAUACUAAUAAUAAUAGUAGUAGUAACGAUAUGAUGAAUAAAUUGAAUUCAUUUCAACAUUUUGAACAAUUCCCUGUACGAAAUACGAAUUGUCCUACAAAAUAUUCACAACACUAUCCUGAUAAUGAUCAUAAUAACAAUCUUAUUAUUAAUAAUAAUAAUAAUAGUACUGGAUAUAAUCGAAAUUUACAAGUAAAUCAUCAAUCAAUAAUUGGCAGUAAACGCUGGCCAACCACCUCUGAAUCACAACGUUGUCCAUCAUCAUAUAAUGCCUAUAAUCCUUAUCCAUUGGGAAAUAAUUACCAAAGCGGACAACCAUCGAUACAACAUUCCAAUUUACGAUCAAAAUUAGACAAUUCUGAUCCAUGCAUACAUCCCAUGAAUCAUCGUAUUCAUCCUUCACAAAAUAAUAAUACAGCAGCUAGUGGUGGUGGUGAUAGACGGCGACUGUUAUUCCCUAAUGAGGAUAACAAUCUGUCUAUUAUGCCAGGAAGUGUUCGACCACCACCGAAUGAUAAUACAAACCAUAGUGGUGAAUUCAUUACUGGGAAUUGGUCACCACCACCACCAACACCAUCGUCGGAGAAAACUUCUGUCUAUGCAGAAAAUCAACACGACAUUAAUAAUGCUAAUAAUAAUAAUAAUCAAAAUAUUCUUCGACAUGGUGGGAUCAAUAAUUCUGGUUUAUUAGGCAGUAGCGGCAGCGGUGGUGGUGGUUCUGGCGGAUAUUCCUCUUUUUAUCCUUCUGAUACAAAUCUAGAUAAUCGUCAACAGUUCUCAUCGAAUUUGCCGAGUGGAUGUUUUACUUCAAAUACUUCUAUAGAACAACCAAUUAAUGGUGUUGGUGGUGCAAUGUCAGAAGAUCAUAUUCGUGGCCAAUGUGAACAAUAAAAAUGCUGUAGUAGUGUAUACAUACAUGCUGGCUGAUGGAUUUACCGUCCUUGAAAUUGAUUGUCGUUGUGUCUCAUCAAUACUUGCAGAUACGCUUCGCAAUUUUAUCUUGAACUUGAUAAACUCAUCUGAGAGUGGAU